GUUAUCUAUGCCCAAAGAAUGCAUUUAGUCGUAACUUCGCGUUGUUUCUAUUUUCUCAAGUUUGUUGAUUGUUCACGCUUAUUGGUGUAACUAGUUGCUAGCAUGGCUGAUGAGGAGUAUGAGGGAGAUGAAGGUGCAGCUGACUUUGAUGAUGUUGAUGAAGAAGAGAAUCUUGAGGAAAUUGAUCAGCAAGAGGAUGAAGGAGAGAACAUAGAUAUUUUGGCACCUGGAGAUGCAAAAGGUGGUGUGCAAAAAUCGAAGAGAAUAACUACAAGAUACAUGACAAAGUAUGAGAGAGCAAGAGUAUUGGGGACGCGAGCACUACAAAUAGCCAUGUGUGCUCCCGUGAUGGUGGAGUUGGAUGGUGAAACAGAUCCAUUGCAGAUUGCAAUGAAAGAAUUGAAGCAGCGGAAAAUACCUAUUAUUAUUAGACGAUAUCUUCCAGAUAACAGUUAUGAAGAUUGGGGAAUAGAUGAACUGAUUAUAAUUGACCACUAGUACAUUAAUUCUUUGUAUUCAUUCCUUUACUUUUAUUGUAUAAAAUGUUUAAUUAAAAGUUUUUAAUAGAA